AUGCGGCACAAGGCAUUUUGGAGUGCCCUGGAGUACACUUGCCGAUUGCUGGGCAUUUCCACCGCAGCAGUGCUGAUCGGUGUGGGCAUAGAAACUCUGCAGCGAGGACAGUUCAAAAGCCUGGCUUUCUAUCUGCUUUUUUCAGGGGCUGCAGUUACUGUCUGUGAAGGCUGCUUCUUUAUAAGUUUGUUCUUGGAGAUGUGCUUCAGAUACAAGCCUGACUCCAUGGCACAGGCCUGCUGGGAGCGAGCUAGACACCCGGGGAGCUUCCAGAAAUUCCUGGGGUACAUGCUGCUUUCAGUGGCUUGCUUCCUGCAUCCUGUCCUUGUGUGGCACGUCACCAUCCCUGGGUCCAUGCUGGUGCUCACUGCCCUGGCCUACUUCCUGCUGAGCAAGAGGAGGAAGAGCCCAGGGCACAAAGAGAUGCAUCCCCAGGUGGGCCAGUACGUGGACCCUUCAGCUACCGUGGCAGCCCCAACUGUGUCUGGUGACACUGAGCAGACCUACAGCUUCCAUGGGGCGCAGAGGGAGCAGCAUCGCUCGCUGCUGGGCCACAUGAAGAGUAUCCUGAAGGGCAGCCCAGCCCGGAGCACGGCCUCAGCAGCUCCUGCCCUGCCAGCAGCCCCGCCAGCCCCACGCAAGCAAGUGCACUUCCAGGAGAAGGUGGUGCAGAUCAUCCCCUCCAUCAGUGAGAGCUUGGAGGAGGUGGAGAGCGAGGCUGAGGAGACCACAUCGGAUACAACACCCAUCCUUACCCCACCCGAUACCCCUGUCAUCCUGACUCCCCUCAGCUCCACGGGCCUCUUUUGAGCACUCAGCAGAACCAACGAUGGGACACCCCUGCUACCC